UGACGCCCCCCCGGCACUGUUGAACAGCCUUUCCUUUUGGUGGCACUUGGCUUCGCCUGCUGCCCUUCUACUCUUCGCUCUCCUUGUCGGUCGCUUCCAGAUUCCGCUUUGCACACGUUCAAUGUGUUCGGACUGGUCUUCCUCUCAGUGACGACAAGCGAGCAUCAGAUUGCCUCAUCAUCAUCACCACCAUCAUCCGGACUCCUCGCUUUCCAUGACACACGUUGCGCAUCAUCCUUGCUGCUAGGCGGUCUAGUUUGCAGGGUUGGAGAGACACGAAUCUGUCGUCAUGUCGCAGAAUCCCCAGGGCGCGAAGCCGAAAUGGAAAGUGGGCUCUUUCCUGCAGCAGGCUGUCGCGGGCGUCGAGUCCAGACUGGACUUGAUCUUGGCUGAGGAAGAAGAUCAGAAACAACAACAGGCUCGGAACGCGCCAUCGAAGCCCAAACAAAAUGAGCAGACUGGCAACAUUUCACGCAGCUCGUCGAAUGCGCGCAAGAAUGACCGCCUUCAGGAGCGCCUGGCUCGUGCAUUGGUUAAUAAGGCCAAUACUCCCGGAAACGCCUCGUCGCAGCCUCCUAGCCACGGUUCCUCCCCGCGAACGAGCAUGGACAUUGAAGCUAGUCUUGAAUCUUCCAAUGGGAACACAGGGAGACAUUCGCGGAGCUCCAGCCAAGCGGAGAGGGUCUCGACUUCAGCUGCCGCUCGAAUCAGUCAGGACUCGGGCGUCUCAUCACCGGAUUUCAAGGACGGUGUUAUUUCACAAACUGAGGGCCCCAGCCCUCCCGACACUGUCGCUGAGGACAAUGCCAGCGCCCCACGAGAUAGUACGUCUGAUAGUGAUCCGGUUACCCAUGAAGUCGAGGAGACGCCUGCGCCAAGAGACUCCCUGUCGGCAGAUUCACCUACGGAUACGCCUACGGAUGCGCCCAUUUUGUCUAGUGAUCAGGAGAAGGUAGUUGCGCAAUUACAAGCAGAGCACAAAGCCGCAGAGUCGCAAUGGCAGGAGGAAAUGUACGGAUACAUCGAACGAAUCGACGCUUUGCAGUCCAAGCUGAAAUACUUGGCCAAAGAAGCUGCUGACUCUGCCAAGAAGGCAGCAGCUACUGCAGAGCCGGGAAGUGUCGAAAGGCAGCUCCAGGAAAAAGACGAGAAGAUCGCUUUGUUGCUCGAAGAAGGACAGAAGCUGUCCAAGACGGAGAUGGACCACCGAACCGCAAUCAAGAAGCUGAGGCAGCAGCUGACGGAAAACUCCAAAGCUCAGACGGAAACAAAGAAAAAGAUCGACAAGUUGGAAAGGGAUCUUGCCAGUGCUGAGACUAGAGCCAAGCGGGCGGAGGCGGGGGAGAAGAGAGCAAAUGAAUCACUCUCUGCCCAGACGAAGGUCUCCCGAGACCUGGAAGCCGUGACGGCAGAGCGCAACGCAUUAAGUCAUACUGUACAAGAGAUGAAAGGACAACUCGCCAGGGCAGUUGCUAGGGCUGAAGCCGCCGAAGCAAAGGCUCAGUCAGAAGCCCUGGACCAGGAGAAGCGCCGCGCCGCGCAACUAGAGGAGGACCUUGCCAGCACCAAGAUUGAGCGCGAAAUCAGCGAGGAGAAGCUGAGGCGAGAAAUCGGAGAUCUGAAGGGAACAAUCGAGCAGGAAAAGGAGAGAGCGCGUAUGCUUGAGGCCGAGCUGAAGGGCGAACAGUCUGCGCUGGAAAGCAAAAUGGAGUCUUUGCGGUCCAGAGCAGAGGAGGCUUCGUCUGGGGUCACGGGUGACGCGCAGGUGAAGCUCCUGCGUCAGAUCGAGACUCUUCAGACACAGUACGCCGUAGCUAGUGAGAACUGGCAGACUCUAGAAGGCUCUUUGAUGGCGCGAUUGGCGAGUGUCGAGAAAGAGCGGGAUGAGGUCGCCCGACGAGAGGGCGAUAUGCGGCGAAAGAUCCGCGAAGUGAACCUCAAAACGAAAAGGUUAGAAGAAGAUAUUGAAGAGGCCAAGGAAACUGAGCAUGAUCUCGAAGGCAAGCUCGAGGAACGGUUGCAAGAUCUGCAAAAGUCCGAGCAAAAGCUCAAGAAAGCCACGGACGACCUGCUUCUCUCCCAGAAGGAUCUUGUUGAACAGAAGAAGGUCCUUGAUGCGACAUGGUCGCAGAAGCUUGAGGAGGAGCGAACCAAAUGGCGCGAGCAGGCUGCUUCUCCCGUGGGCUUCCUUCAGCAACCCCGGACCCAGUCCCCCGUUGCAUACAGCCGUCGUCCGAGUGCAUUGGAGCCUGUCUCUCUAUCAGAUUACCGGCCCGCAAGCCGUCGUCCCUCGACAUUGCCUACAUCGCCGGACAUCGGCACUCCCGUACGACAGAACUCGUUCCCUGCUUCAACACACUCGGUAUUCUCACCCCCAGUCACCAACGGAUCAUCACACGCAACAGUUCCGGAGACUCCUUCUAUCAACUUCGACCCGGACGAGUACUUCAGCCGUUCAGGUACGCCCUCGGCUUACGGCGGCGGGCUGACGCAACCCUCUCGCGGCAUCAACGACAUCAUAUCCGAAUCUACUGUCGGAGCAGGACCGUCUGUGCAGCUGGUCGAGCGCAUGAGCGCCACCGUGCGCCGCCUCGAGAGCGAACGCGCAGCGUCCAAAGAUGAACUCGCGCGGAUCACCACCCAACGCGACGAAGCCCGACAGCAGGUCGUCGAUUUGAUGCGGGAGGCAGAUGAGAAGAAGACCUCAGAUGAUCGUGUGCAGGAACUGGAGAAGCGCCUCGAGGAUAUCGACCAGCGGUAUCAGACAACGCUAGAGAUGUUGGGGGAGAAGAGCGAACAGUAUUUGUUCGGGCUAGAUUCCGAUUUAGACGACGUGAUGUGA